AAUUUGCACAAAUUUAUUUGAUAUAUACAUGAAAUGAUAAUUAUUUUGACGAUCAAUAUAUUUAGGACAUUGUCAAUCCAUUCACUGCACUUCUCUGUCGCUGUCUGCUACGUCAGUCGAGUAUCUCGCGAGAGUCCGAUGUACCAUGAUGUUGGCCGCUGUUCUCAGGUGGGGGCUUAUUCAUUUAGGAGUUUGCUAUAUCGUGUCCGAAUGGGAACAACCAGUGUGCCCAUUCGUAAAAUGCCAAAACUCUGGGGUGCUGGACCGAAACACGUGCCAAUGUCACUGUCCCACGAGCCAUUUUGGAUUUUUCUGUGAAAAGGCUUACAUGAAAAGCAUGUGGCCAGAGGGAACAUAUGCUCUUCCCACGUCAAUAUUCGGCUGCCCCGAAACUGCAGAGAUGGGAUGGGCAUCCGCCUAUAUCAACCUCACCCUCCCAGAUUCCGCCCAACGCCAGGAAUGGAACGUGAAGAAUCCACAACUACUCAAUGACAUCAUAGAGCCAGACAUAUUGGGUCCUUAUCAUUACCGAGCUCUCCAAAUGAAUUUUUGUGUGAAAACCCGAACGUACUCUGAAGAAGGCGAUACGAAUUCAACUGAAUGGCCUACUGGGCAAUAUUGUAUAUACAGCUUUAACAACACAUGUCCUCAAGGAUUUUCUAAUGGCAGUUUGGUUAUGUCCGGCUAUCAAUAUACACAGCAGGAUAUCGGCGGCCGUAUUCCCGGCGAACCUGGCCACAACAUGACCCUAUUGCUGAGGUUCUGUUGUAAGGAGGAUGGUGAUUACAACACGCCAGUAAAGCUUCCCAAACACUUCCCAUUUAUUCUAUUCCAGAGUCAGUCAGCGGACAGCUGUCAGGAGGUGGAUUCUAUGAUCGUACAACAGGAUUACUUCUUCAUGACCAAUGAAAAUGAGACCUGGCAGUAUGAAGGGGCGUUACCAUUGUUCAACACCACAGCAAUGAGUGGUUCAGUAGGCGUGGCUUAUUGCUACUACACACCCUAUGAACGCCGCGAGUGUUACUAUAAUACAGACCACGGAAAUUCAUACAAUGGCAGAGCCAACGUUUCCGCUUCCGGAAAGACGUGUUUGGUGUGGGCAGAAUCGGAUGAAACUUUUUUCCACAACAAAUGGAGAGCAUAUCAUGAAUUUGACGACAAUUAUUGCCGUGCAUACCAGUACUACUCUUACAAGUCUGGAGAACCUUUGUGUCUCAUAGAAUUUCCUAACGUCAAAGAGAAAUGCGAUGUUCCAAUGUGUGCGGAAGAAGAGGAUUUGCAAGAAUUUGGAAAAUUCAAACCGUUUAGGAGCGUCCAAUACAGUGGCAAAAAAUAUCCAGAAUAUGCAGUGGAUGGUUUUAUAGACACGUUGAAUUCGUUUGUAUCAAAUCGACCAAUGACAAAGCCUUGGUAUCAAGUAGAUUUACAGGAACAUGUAGAGGUCCAUGCUAUACUUAUUUACCGUUAUUCUACUUACUUUCCGGUCAAUAUGCGUUAUGUUGGGACUUACGUCAGCAAGAAUAAGUGGGAUUUCAUGAACUAUGGUGCCAUUCGAUGUGACGACAUCCGGAAUCCAGGAUUUUCCAAGGUGUUUCGCUAUCAAUGUAGGCGCCCUGUGGUGGGUCAAUAUGUAACUAUCCGAAACUUCGACUUCACAGAACCAGAUCACAAUCCAGGGAAAUUUUUCUAUAUGGAGAUAAAUGAGAUAGUAAUUCUUGGUAAAACAACAACCUGCGGUAGGCCUCUGGGUAUGGCCUCGGGUAAUAUCUAUGACUAUCAGAUCGGAGCCACCUCUGCAGACACAAGUGGUGUUGAAGCAAUGGCACUUUCUCUUCGGGGACGGUUAUAUCAUCCGGACCCUGGAUGGUGUUCAACGAAAAAAGACAAAUCACCAUGGUUCUUGAUUGAUUUUAAUGUUCCAACAGUUAUACAGGGAAUAUCGGUACAAGGAUGGAUAUCUGGGAAAUAUUCAAAGUACAUUCGAUCAUUUCAAGUGUCCUAUGGUGUAACGAAAAAGAAAAUGAAGCACUAUCAAGAUUCACCUGGUAUUGUUAAAACUUUUGUCAUCGAUCCAACAGUAGCAGUGAUCAUACCACAGACGUUUCUGUUUCACCAAGACAUCUUGGCAAGAUACAUUAAAAUUCAUCCAAUGGUGGACGAUGGGCAACAAGCUUGUCUGAAAGCUGAAUUCAUCGGGUGUCAGAAACAAUUGCAAAGAGAUAAGAAGUGUAGGAGUGGUAGUAUAGAUUUUGGAUUUGAAGAACUAAAACGCUUUUCGUUCUGGCUUGAAAAAGAGGAUAAUUCACCGUACACAGUUCAAAACAUAUCAACCAUAGAGGGCUGCAGGAAGUUCUGUAUUAAUAAUAAUUGUAUAGCUCUGUCCUUCUCAACAUAUACAUCACUUCAAGAAUGCUCUUUAAGUUUUGGAGACAGGUACCACCCAACACGAAAAGGAGCUUGGGUUCAAACUGGGGUCAUUCUUAAUUAUGCUGCGCACCGACUUUGUUUAAAAGACGCAGUAAAUGUCUAUCCUUGUACAUUUACAAUAAAUGUUACGAACAAUGACACUAUUAUCAGAUCACCAGGAUUUCCAUUUAGCUACGGGCAAGGACUCAAUUGCACAUGGAAUAUAUAUACGAAAUAUUCUGCAUUCGUCAAACUGGAAAUAACACAUGUACAAUUAGCUAAAACAACGACAGAAAUAGCACUUAAAGAGCUUGGAAUGUUUGACAUAAAUCCCGGAAAGUGUAAAGAUAGUAUAGCCAUUACUGACAAUGCGAACACCAUUGAGAUAACUGCGGAGAUUCAGAAUAACUUCAGGGAUUCUACUGUUGUGUCCUCUGGAAAGUUUUUGUCCGUGACAUUAAAGUCUUGUUUUCAAAUGUCUGUGGAGCAGUUAGAAAAAGCAUUUGAAAUAAGGGUAACAAGUUCAGAUAAACCUGGAUGUGGAAUGGCUUCAGAAGGAUGUACGGUCACGUGUAGAAUGCAAUCAGCAUACAUAGCAACGGACAGAUAUCCAGCUCCGUAUAAAGCAGGGGAAUCCUGCAUGUGGAACAUAGAGGGAACAUUUGGACAAUUUGUUGAAUUAAAUGUUCUGAGUUUGGAUGUUAUAAAUGGGGAUUCAUCAUGUUCCAACUCAUAUAUCGCCAUUUACGAUAUUGAUCACAAUGGUAGAGAAGUGCUGCUUGGGAGGUUUUGUAAGGAAAAUAAACCAUACAGGACUAUUUCAUCAAGAUGGCAAAAUAUGAGGGUGGAAUUUCGCUCUGGAAGUGACCAAAAAGAAGGACAUGGAUUUCUAGGGAUGUACAGAUUUGUGAAUUUUACCCAAAGUUAUUCAGAUACGAAACAUCAAGAAUGUUCUAGUGGUUGGCAUUACAACAACGGCAGCUGCUAUAGAAUAUUUACUGGUGACGCUGGUAUCACGUGGUCAGAAGCGAAUCACAAUUGUGUUCAACAGAAUGGAAGUCUUGUUAGUAUAUCCUCAAAACAGGAGCUGUCCUUUAUACAUUACCUCGUCACCAAAGAUAUGAAUUCUACCGGCGACUGGGAGAUCUACAUAGGUCUUCAAAAAUGGUACUCUGGGGAAAGGAGCAAACUGAAAUAUUUGUGGUCUGAUGGAAACCCUUUAACUUUUACAGCAUGGUAUCGUGAUGAAAACGUCAAAAACCGCCAGCCUAAUGGUGUUCAAAAUGAGCGAUGCACCAGCAUAAACUUUUUUAGCAUCCACUCCAUGGAGGAUUGGCAUGAUACAGCUUGUGCUUUCAACAAGAUUCUAAGCUAUAUGUGUGAAAUAGACAUUGAACACAAUAAUGAAAUCAUUAGUCGAACGAAAUGGUGGGGAAAUGACACCGUCACGUCUAAAUCUGCUAAUCUGGAGCAAACUUUAUACCUUUGUGGAAAUGCGGAGUUGAUUAGCAGGUUGUUCGUAUGUGACGGAGUGAAUGAUUGCAACGAUGGUUCCGACGAAUCAGAUUGUACUAUAAAGUGUAUGGAUACACAGUUCCAAUGUGCUAGCGGGGACUGUAUUUCUAUCAGCCUGUACUGUGAUUUUGUUCCUCACUGUCCAGAUCGGUCCGAUGAAUCAGAAUGUAUAAGAAGACAAUGCAGUGACAUAGAAUGGAAAUGUUCUAACGGCCAAUGUAUCUCUGCAAAUAACCGCUGUGACAUGAAAGCAGACUGCAUCGAUGGAAGCGAUGAAACAAAUUGUGAGAGCUGUAGUCAUGGAUUUCAAUGUUACGAUCAAACGUGCAUUCACCCUUCCAAAGUAUGUGAUGGCUUUAUCGACUGCAGUGGAUUUUUCGCAGAGGAUGAAUCACAAAACUGUGAGAACAAUGUCCAGAGAUCUUGUAAAGACUGGUGGGGUUUAGGGCAGAGAGAUAAUGGCGAAUAUCUUGUCAACCUCGGCUUGAUAGGAAUCCCUCCUGCUAAAGUCGAAUGUAGAUUCCAAAGACUGAAUAAUCGUGUAACCGUGGAAACAAUAGUUCAUCAUUCUGAAGAGGAGAUGAUCUAUUCCAGCUUGGUGGAGGUUGAUUCAAAAUUGACUUAUUCUGCAAAUAAGGAACAAAUAUCAAAAUUGAAAGAUACCAAUAAUUGCAGCCAGACUCUGCGAAUCCGUUGUCAUUACAUUUAUCACACUACAGAUGCAAUGUGGGAAGGAGAGAAUGGCCAAGAAUUUCACACAAGUGAUGGAGAUCCAAUGGAAAAUUGUUCCUGUCCUUUUGUUAACAAAUGUGAGGAGGGACAAUUUAAAUGUAAUUGUAAUUCAACGAUGGGUGAAUGGUAUGGUGCCGAGACCACAGAAGUAAAAGAAGACUCCGGGGUUAUAACAAACCACUCCGUACUGCCGAUUCAAAAACUGUUCAUCCCACGUCCAGGGGAUGACAAAUUCUUCAAGAUAGAUAUCGGACCCCUUAUAUGCUAUGAUGAAACUGAUCAAGUUAAUGGAGAUUUCCUCUGUCGGACAGGGAACAUUGUUCCUAUGAUGCAUCGAUGCAUUCUUGACUAUAAUGUAUAUGGCAACGUUAUAGGAUGUCGAGAUUUGUCACACUUGGACGACUGUGAGAACACAUCAUGCCCUGCAGGUUACAUUAAAUGCCCAGGAAGCUUUUGUAUUCCUCCACGAUUUAUAUGUGAUGGCGAGAAACACUGCAAACAUGGGGUUGAUGAAAUGCAUUGUGGGCCAUGUUUAGGAUUGUACCGAUGUAAAAAUAGCUCAAUUUGUGUGGAUCCUGAAAAAUUAUGCGAUAAAAUUCCCCAAUGCCCAAAUUAUGAUGAUGAACUUUUGUGCGACUUCAAGUGUCCACAACAGUGCGAAUGUGAUGGUUUCUCAGCCGUUUGUAAAGGUCUCAACAGCUCACUAAUUUCAAAGAUUCCAGGAGAAAUGAGUUAUCUAAACGUCAGUAAAAAUGAUUUUAGCAGUGGUUUGCCAUCCCUGCGACAUAUGAUUAAUUUAGUCAGAUUAUUUCUCAGAGAAUGCAGAUUGACAGCAAUCGAACCGUAUUCCUUCGUUAACCAACGUAAUCUUUUGGUACUUGAUCUCAGGUACAAUGAAAUAACUCAUUUAUAUGCUAAUGCAUUCACGGGGUUAGUUUCCCUAAAAAUAUUAUACUUGGAAGGCAAUGAUCUACUAACUGAAAUUACGGAUUCUGCUUUUCUUGGGUUGAAAAAAUUACCUAGAUUUGUUCUAACGAAUUCACAAUUAUGGAAUAUUGGAGAGAGUACCUUAGCUGGAUUACAAAAUAUCCGAUUGUUGAAUUUAUCUUCAAAUGAUAUCCAGUAUGUUUCGGAUUUUGCAUUUCUAAACUUUUCUGACUUGACAGUUCUGGAUAUGCGAAGAAACAAAAUUCAACAAUUUUCAUCAAAAAUCUUUUAUGGACUUUCAAAUCUAAAAAAGCUGUACACAGAUUCGUAUGCAUUGUGUUGUCUGAAGCCAUCAUCAGUUGACGAAUGUUUACCGAAAGCAGAUGAAUUUUCAUCGUGUGACGACCUCAUGAGAAACGAAAUCCUUUCAUCAUUCAUGUGGAUCAUAGGAUUCAGUUCCUUGUUGGGAAAUCUUGGUGUUUUCAUCUUCAAAGUAUUUUUUGAUUCACAAACUUUGAAGAAAGGUCAUGGAAUUUUUAUCACAAAUUUGAGUGUUUCGGAUUUUCUGAUGGGGGUGUACUUGAUAAUAAUAGCCUCCGCUGAUAUACACUAUCGAGGGAGAUAUGUCUGGAAUGAUAUCCACUGGAGACACAGUACAACCUGCCAAAUAGCUGGCAUGCUUGCUACCAUAUCGAGCGAAACUUCGGUUCUUUUACUCUGUCUUAUAACAAUAGAUCGUCUUAUUGCGGUAAAAUAUCCUUUCGGUCAGUUUAGAUUCACAAGGAGAAAAACGCUUUUAUGUACUGGAAUUAUAUGGUGUGUAACCAUUUUACUGGCCGCCAUACCACUGAUUCCGGGAGAAUACUUUAGAGGACAGUUUUAUUCUCGGUCAGUCGUGUGUCUGGCUCUACCUCUAACGAGAGACAAGCCUGCCGGAUGGGAGUAUUCUACAGCCGUCUUCAUUUUACUAAAUUUCGUACUCUUUACGAUAAUUGCACUUGGCCAAUGUCUCAUAUAUAGAGAAAUAUCGCAAUCAGGCUCCAAAGUGAAAUCUACUCGGCGGAAUCAAGAUAUGGCUAUCGCUCGUGGAUUGUUCCUUGUGGUGCUGUCCGACUUCCUCUGUUGGUUUCCUAUCGGAAUUAUGGGAUUGCUGGCACUAAGCGGUCAAAUAAUAUCUGGAGAAGUUUAUGCAUGGGUUGCUGUUUUUAUUCUCCCGAUCAAUUCAGCGUUAAAUCCUUACUUGUAUUCAUUUGCAAAUUUAAGAAGAAGAGUUGAAUUGACAAUGUCAUCCAAGAAGAAAACAAUUACUCGAUGUCAAUCCACAACGGAGACAAUUACAGAACUUUGUGACAAUGAACUGUUUGUCAUCGGUAAAAAUGCACCUGUGCAUAUCAGUCUAUCAGACUAUAUGCAGAAUCACACACUCACAGUGCCAGAUAUGAAACUCGUCGUUCUCAGAUUGGCGGAAGCUAUGAAAUUUUUGCAUGAACGGGAUCUAGUUCAUGGGUGUUUGGAUACAAAUCUUGUUUCACUUGACAUUGUAGAUGGGGUGAUAAAAGACUUAACUGUCAAAAUUGUACCACGGGAAGCUGUGGACGAUGAUGACAUUCCACAUGACUUAAAACAACUCGGAGAAUUAACCUUAAAAAUGUUACGAAAUCAUCAAAGCAAUUCAACAAAUAAUGCCUCAUCUUAAAUCAAACAUCAAAACUGUUACCUGUAUCUUUAAUCACGAAGUUCGGAGCAUUAGGAGUGGCAUAUAUCAGUAUAGAUCAAUGCAUUCUGAUCUGCAGUGCUCCUAGUACAUUUUAAAGCUAAUUUGUGGGAAAUCUCGGAACUGUGAUACGUGUAUUGUCUCCUUGGAAGAACAGUGAUAAUGCAUGCGAAAAAAGAAUAUUAACCGAAUGCUUAUUUCAUUCACAAUUGAAAGGACACGGUGAUACCGAAUCACCAUCAUGCCCGAAAUAACAACAAUCCAAAACCUAGACGUGCUGAAAAACAACGGUGUAUUCACAUUUUCCAACAUACGUUUUCUGUAAAUAAGUUAUUUGUAUAUGUGAUGAAGAAUUUUCCUUCAAACCUUAUACUAUAUAGCUAUGAUACAAUUUGGCAACAAAUGCAGAUUUUACCAUACCUCAGUUGCUAUCCACAAUAGUUGCCAUGACAAUAAAUUGACAAGAUUUGAAAUAGUCAUUGGGGCUAUUUUGCAUCUCUAGUGGAACUUUUGUCGGUAACAUAGAGCACUAGUAUACUAUAUUAUCAUUAUAAAUUGCUAGUGUAUAAAUCUUGAUUCCACCAAUGAUCUAUGGAAAGUUUGGGAUUGAUGGCUGAUUGCAUAAAUUACCAUGAUCACAACUUGGAGAAUAAGUUUAAUGGAUACAUAUUGCUCAUUAUGUCUUCCCUCUUUCAGGGGGAGACAUAUUGUUUUUGUACUAUCUGUCUGUCAUAAAAUCUUGUGAAUGCUUCUCUUCCUAUGUGGCUUAUCAGAUAGACUUGAAACUUUGUACAAUGCUUCAUUGCCAUUUGUAGAUGUUCAUAUUGUCGGGACAGGAGGAUCCAAUUAUUUUCCGAAAAGUUAUAGUGGAUCUAAGAGGGGUGGAGGAUGUAAAUUAGUUUGUGAACACUACUCCAAUAUGGCUUAUUGGAUAGAUUUGAAACUUUUACAAUGUUUCAUUGCCAUCUGUAGAUGUGCAUAUUGUCGGGACAGGAGGAUCCAAUCAUUGUCCUAAAAGUUAUAGUGGAUCUAAAAGGGGUGGAGGAUGUAAAAUAGCUUGUGAACGCUUCUCUUCCUAUAUGGCUUAUCCGAUAGACUUGAAAUUUUGUACGAUACUUCAAUGCCAUUUGCAGAUGUGCAUUUUGCAGGGACAGGGGGAUCCAAUUGUUGUCCUUAAAGUAAUAGUGGAUCUGAGGGGUGGAGGGUGCAAAAUAGUUUGUGAACACUUCUCCUAUGUGACUUAUCGGAGUUCAUAUUGUUUAUGCUCCUGCUCAUGCUUUCUCCUCCAUACCAUGCAGUACCUUAAAGGGAGGAGGUUUCAUUUGGAACACUUCCAAUUGGGGAGCUAGGGGACAUUUGUUUUUCAUAAAAACAAUCUCUAGUUUCAAUUAUUUUCUGUUCCAUUGACCAUUUUUAUAAUAAACAAAAUAUACAUCCAAUCCAUAUAGAUCUAUGAAAAUCACGACGACUAAUUUUUGCGUGUUUGUAUAUUGGCUACAUUAACAACAGGACCUAAAUGAUAGUUGGUAAAAUGGGUAGUAUCACCUUCGUAAUCCGAAUUUUUUAGUUUUCUGCAUUAGUUUACUUUCGUUGGAUGCAAAACUUCUUAAUUCUAAUCUGGAUGAUACAUUGGACUUUCGCUACAAACAUUACGACAUAAUUUUGCUUCACUGUGAAAAUAUCAGCGAUUGUUUAUUUCAGCUUGAUAAAAUGGGUAGCGAGAAAAAAUACACAUUUUUCUGCGAUUACGAAUGAUAUAUAUGUGACACAACAAUGAAACUACACAUGAUUUAGAUACAUAUUCUUAUAGUUUAUCACCAAAAUGCUACAGUACUUGUUAUGUGAGUCUUGUAUAUUUGAUAUUUACGAUUCAUUAAAACCCGGGUCAAAAGGAAACCGGAUACGGGUAACCAUGGCCGAACAUUAAAAUUCCGAAUGAAAUGAGGGUGUUAACUGUGACUUUCAUCUUCGACGCGUCCUGAACGUAAUUCAGCUCCUCAUCAAUUACUAAUUAUGAAUGGAUAUCACUUUGAUCUUACAAUUACGGUUAAUUAAUCAAAAUCAUAUAACAACUAAAUCGGAAUAAAUACCGCCGGCCCGGGUCAAUCCGCUUUCCUCUUGGCCCGGGUUGGAAAAAUCGCUGAUAAGUAAAAUAAAAGGCAUUGAAAUGGUCAACUAAUGCAUUGAGUAUCAAAUUCAACUCUCUAGGAAUUGAAAAAAUGCUAGGUUUUUAUCAGCAGGUGUAUAGUUUACAGAAAAUAUGCAACAAUGUGUGUUCUGAUCUCGCUACCCAUUUUAUCAAUCAUAUUUUAUACAAUCAUUGCAUUCUCUAUGUGCUAAAUUUUAUACCGAAGACUAAAUGUAUCAUUAAGAAUAUAUACUAUAAGUUUCAAAAGAAACAGUGAUAUAUCAAAGAAGAAAUCGGGUUACGAAGGUGUUUUACUACCCAUUUUACCAACACUUGAACUAAAUCAGUAUUCAAAAUUUUCCGAACAACUUGAGCUUGAAUGUUCUUAGGGUUUCUUGUAGAACAAUGAAAUAAUUAUGAUAAUCGAUUCUCCAAAGUUAAUCAACAGCUGAUAUGUCUCAGGUCAUAUAAAAAGCUUUUCGUAUAUGAUGAGUCAAAAUUGAAAUGGAUAAAUGAA